AUGGGGAAUGCCGGGGGCUCGGAGCAGGAGGCCGAACCCGGCGCUCCGACGUUGCCCAAGAAGCAGUCGGCUCCCCCGAAGCUGCCCUUGCCUGCUGAAGACGAGCUGGAGGAACGCUUCAAAGUCGUGCUGAGCUAUAUGAACCUGCCACCUGACAAACUGCAGCUGUUGAAUCAAUACGACAACGACAAGAAAUGGGAACUUGUGUGUGACCAGGAGCGCUUCCAGGUGAAAAGCCCUCCAUCCACAUACCCGGCCAAGAUCAAGAGCUUCUACCAGGAUCAAGUAGUAGUUGCUCGAAGGGUUAGUAAACUUGGUCAUCCUAAAAGAAUCCAAGAAGCCACCAAAGUCCUCAAAGAUUUGGAAAUAUCCCUACGCACCAACCACAUUGGCUGGGCUCAAGAGUUCCUCAACGAGCAGAAUAAAGGUCUAGACGUGCUUGUGGAAUAUCUGUCUCAGGCCCAGGGUGAUGCAUCUUUUGACGCGGAAAGCAGUGAGAAUGGCGCCACGUUGGGCGAGAAGUCCAAGCCUGUCAAUGGGAGGUCCAUCGAGGACUUGACCAAGGCCGGCGGGGGUGGCAGCGGAGGCUCGCACUCGCACGGAAUGGGCCGAGCAGCACGAGCGCUCACCGUCAGGAUCAGUUCCACGCUGGGAAACAAGAUGAAGAAGACUCAUUCGCCAAGUCACAGAGAUGAUGUGCACGUGUGUAUCAUGUGCUUGAGGGCCAUCAUGAACUACCAGUCCGGUUUCAACCUGGUGAUGACACACCCGCGCUGUGUCAAUGAAAUCACGCUCAGUCUCAACAGCAGGAAUCCCAGGACCAAGGCCCUGGUGUUGGAGCUUUUGGCCGCCGUCUGUCUGGUCAGAGGAGGACAUGACAUUAUACUGUUGGCCUUCGACAACUUCAGAGAGGUGAGCAAGGAGAGGAACCGUUUUGAAAAGCUAAUGGAGUAUUUCAUCAACGAUGACUGCAACAUUGAUUUCAUGGUGGCCUGCAUGCAGUUCAUCAACAUUGUGGUCCAUUCUGUGGAGAACAUGAACUUCCGUGUGCAUCUGCAGUACGAAUUCACUAGAUUGGGCUUGGACAAGUAUUUGGAGAGUUUGAAACAAACGGAGAGCGAGAAGCUUAAGGUGCAGAUCCAGGCUUACCUGGACAAUGUGCUGGAUGUGGGGGCUCUGCUGGAGGACGCCGAGAGCCGAAGCGGCGUUCUGGAGCAUGUGGACAAGCUACAGGAACUCAACCUUCAGCUCAAUGCUAAGAUACUCGAGAUUGAGUCUCAGAGCGCAGACAAGAUUUCCGAGAUGGAGACUCAACUCAUGCAGGCGACCAAAGAAACUGAAUUGCUUAAGGAAAGCCUUAGAGACUCUUGCUCUCAAGUGAGCGCUUUGAAGCAGAGAGAGCGGGAGAAGGAGCUGGACUGGGAACGGGAGAAGCAGAGAGAGCAUCUGACUGUGACGACUCAGGCGCCUUCUGAGCUCGAACUGAAGAUCAUGGAGUUGCAGGAGAAAGGUCUGAUCUGCUUAACCAGGAGCCCCUCAGGAGCUUUGGACAUCACUGUUGUGCCCAUCACCGUGACUGAUAACGCCUCAGUACCAGCGCCUCAGUCGGAUGGCGAUAAUACUUCCUCGACUCCAGUCGGUCCUUCGGGGCCUGCUGCUCCAGAUCCUGCUCCUGCUUCUCCUUCUGCUCCACCUCCUCCUCCACCACCCCCUCCCGCUCUUUCUGCACCUCCUCCUCCACCACCACCUCCCCCCCCUCCGCCGCCUCCCCCACCUCCUCUGUCCAAUGCCGCAGCAGGGCCUCCACCUCCUCCGCCUCCACCUGGUCCUUUAUCUUCAUCCCCUCCUGGAGCAUCUAACUAACGCUGUCUCUGCAUCUCCUCAGGUUUGAAAACUAAGAAGCCGAUCCAGACAAAGUUUAGGAUGCCUUUGUUAAACUGGCAGCCUCUAAAACCCAAUCAGGUGAAGGGAACCAUAUUCCACGAGCUAGAUGAUGACCAAAUUUUGGGGGAGCUGAACAUGGACAUUUUUGAAGAACAGUUCAAGACCAAAGCGCAGGGUAACCCGGCUGAUCUGACCAAGGGGAAAAAGAAAUUAGGGCCCAAGGUUUCCAACAAGACAUCUUUGAUUGACCCUAACAAGGCCAAGAAUUUGGCCAUCACGUUGCGCAAAGCGGGGAUGACUCCUACUGAGAUCUGCACUGCCCUCGAGACGUACGACCAGCAAUCCUUGUCUGUUGACUUCCUGGAGCUGCUGGAGCACUUCAUACCCUCGGACUUUGAGCGGAAACUGCUGAUCAACUACGAGGAGGAAGGACGACCACUGGAUAACCUGACUGACGAAGACCGCUUCAUUCUGCGCUUCGGCAAGAUCACUCGCCUUAGCCAGCGGAUUAAUACGCUCAUCUUUAUGGGGAACUUCCCCGACAGCAUCAAGCGGCUGCAGCCGCAAAUCAACGCCAUCAUAUCUGCGUCCAUGUCCAUCAAAUCUUCAGACAAACUGAAGAAAAUCUUAGAGAUCGUUUUGGCAUUUGGCAACUACAUGAACAGUAGCAAGAGGGGGACAGCUUAUGGAUUUAGACUGCAGAGUCUGGACCUUCUACUCGAGACAAAGUCCACAGACCGAACGCAGACUCUCCUCCAUUUCAUUACCAACAUUGUUUACGAGAAGUAUCCCGACUUGGUCAACUUCCAUACGGAGCUCCACUUUGUGGAAAAGGCAGCACUCGUGUCCUUGGACAGCAUUCUGCAGGACAUCCGCUUCCUGGAGCGAGGGAUGACAAUGACCAAGAAGGAGUUUGUUGUACAGAACGACAGUCUCGUCUUGAGGGAGUUUCUCCAAAACAGCAUCGAGCUUUUGGAGGCUCUGGUGAAAGACAGCAAGACUGCACAGGAGGCUUACUGCUCGGUGGUGGAGUAUUUCGGCGAGAACCCCAAAACCACUCAGCCAUCCAUGUUCUUCCCUCUCUUCGCACGUUUCAUCAAAGCCUAUAGAAAAGCCGAGCAAGAGAAUGAGCUGAAGAAGAAAAUGGAGCUGGAGAUGAGCGAGGCCAAAGAGAGUUCCUCAUCCAAAGCUGCAGGCCCUAAAGUAAGUACAGGUACCCAGAUGCCCAAGAUGGACUUCCUUGCUGAGUUGAAGAGGAAGCAGGUGCAACCUCAGGUCCGUGAGGGAAAAGACGGAGCUUUGGAGGACAUCAUCACAGAUCUAAGGAACACGCCGUACCGCCGCACGGACGGUCGCCGGUCAGCGCCGCGUCCGGACACCUAA